AUGUUGUCUUGCAGAGAUAUAGAAUAUAAGGAACUUCCACUGUCACUGGAUCAAAUUGCCAUUUCUAAAUCACAAUUUUCAUGCAGAAAUUUGAUGUCUACCUCACAAGAAACAAGAAAAGCAACAAAACCUAGGAGUAAUAAGAUGAAGAUGAAAUUCAGAACAACUCCUUAUCCACAGCAGCAAUAUGGUUCCUUCCAGACAGAGAAGCUGGAAUGUGGCCAAGUUGGAAGCUGGAGAUCCAGCUCCAUAGCAAACUCUACCACCAUCCAAGAACAAGCCUUUCAUUCAGAAAACAGUGAAUUUUUAUACACUCCAUCGUACAGCUUACCUUUCUCAUAUCAUUAUGGGCACUUCCCUGUAGACUCUCAUGUAUUCAGUAGCAAAAAACAAAUGCUGCCUUCUAAAUUUGGCCAGCCUCAAGGAACACCUUGCGAAGUAGCACGGUUCUUCUUAAGUACAUUGCAAACAAGCGGAGAGUGCCAGUGGCACUACACCAAUUCUCUUGUACCAGGGAGUCAAUCACCAUGUAAAAGUCCUGAUCAGUCAGCAUGUAAUGUACGCCAUAAUCUCUUACAAAAUUAUGAAGUGCCACUACCACAAAGACAAUACAACCAUGAAAGUACCUCUGAAAGUUUUACAAGUUGUGCCAGCUUAACACCCAAUAGCAAAUACAAAGAAGAAAUUUAUGAUUCUGGCAUUAUAAAACACAGCAAAACAGAAAACAGAAUAUGUCCAGCACACCAUCUCAUUAAAGAAGAAAAUAAAGUAGUUUUCAACAGAGACUUGCAAGAAAAAAACAGUAUUAGUGAAAAGGCCUUUUCAAACUCCUUCUCCAAUUCCUUUGUAUCAAAAUCAGAAUCUUUCCAAAGUAAAUCAAUUGGACAGUUAAGUCACUUUGUCCCAGUUCCAACAGUAUAUGAACAAACAAGAAGAAUUUAUAUGAAAGAACCAAAGUAUGAAAAUAUUGCUCAUCAUGCUACAAAUUUAAGUGAACUGGAAUCUGAGGACAGAAUGGUUGCAAAGCUUAAUAGUGACCCUGAAAAUGACCAUACAGUGGAUGUAAGACAUGCAGGACAAGUUCCACUUGUCUUUCUGAACUAUCACCGAGUUUUAGCCAAGCACGGCACAUUUCAAACUUCUUCAUGCAUGGCGACAGGCCACAUAACAGAAAAUUAUGGACCCAGUUCUGAGGAUGUAAAUAUGUUUUACAAAAACCAAAGUCCCUCAUCAGCUUCUUCCCCUGAAACUCACAAAGAAUCCACACUUCCUCAUUAUAUUGGAACUUCUGUAAUAAUAGCCAGUGGAAGGUAA